CCGUGUCCCUGCGCUAGAGACUUUCCGCCCAGAAGAUCAUUCCGCUUCUAUGCAAUUGCAAUGGGGGCGAUGUGGCACAGCCCAAUGGCGAGUCAUUGUGAAAAAGCAACCGUCUUGUCGCGACGUCGUGGCGAAAUGUUGAGGCGGAUUGAGCACUGUCGACAGCCAGGUAUGGGGCUCUAG